AUGCCGCUGAACCUCCUCCAACACAAAUCCUACCAUGUCUACUCCACAAAAAACAUUGAGCGCGUCCGUCAGGACGAGGCCGCCGCCCGCGCCGCCGAGGAGGCCAGGGAGCAGCGCAUGCAGGAGGCCGACGCAGAGCACCGCAUAAGUGUUCUCCGCGCGCGCGCCGAGGGGCGUGCCUCUCCUCCACCUCCCCGUGAAGAAGAAGAAGUGAUGGCAGUGGUAAUAGGAGGGUCUACAGGGGACAGCAGUAAGAGAAGGGACCGUGGAGAUUACACUGUGCCUGAGGAUAGUAGGCAGCCCGACAAACCCCAGCGUAAGAUCGAGCCAGAUCUCAUAGGCGCCGAUGGGCACAUUAACCUUUUUGGGGCCCCGCCCAAAGUCGCCGAGAAAAACGGUGAGCACGAAGCGGAGCGUAAGGCACGAGAGGGGCCAGUUACCAACGGGCUAGGGAGGGUAGGGGAUAAGCGGCGGCCGUGGUACUCAACGCUUGACGGGGAGGAUGAGGGAAAGAAGAAGACAGAAUGGGAGGAAAAGCGGGAGGAAAAAAGAAAGGACUGGGGAGAUCCAUUGGCAAUAGUAAGAUGGGGGGUGAAGGGUGUGAGGGAGGUAGAAGAGGAGAGGAGGGAGUGGAGGAGAGGACGGGAAAUGGAGGCUGGGAUGGGGGCGGGCGUGUUGGAGAUGUUGGAGAGGGAGAAGAGGGACAAGAGGGAUGUGAAUACAGUCAGGGAGAGAAAGAGAGAUAGGAGCAGGAGUGCGAGCCCUGAUAGAGGCCAUCACGAAAAAGGUAGGCAUAGGGAGAGGCAUAGGCAUAAUAGCCGUAGCCGCAGCAGAGACAGAAGCGGGCAUCACAGGCACCACUCACGCAAGCACGACUCCUCUCGCCGUCACGACAACACCACAACUACAUCCCACCACCGCCCCUCCAGAUCCCGCCAAGCAGAAGAAAAAGAAGACACAAUGGCUAAAUUGCGUCGCGAGCGUGACGAGCGCGAAGCCGCAGAACGCAAAAAGACUGAAAACAUGCUCAGGAAAGAGAAGGAGUACCGCACGCCCGGAUGGACGGCCGCCGACGGCGGCAGGUAUUCCAGCCAAUUUGGGGUCGGGGAGGUGAGGCGGUGGGGUUGA